AUGAAGUUUCCCUGCUGCGUGCUGGAGGUGCUUCUGUGCGCGCUGGCGGCGGCGGCGCGCGGCCAGGAGAUGUACGCCCCGCACUCCAUUCGGAUCGAGGGGGACGUCACCCUCGGGGGGCUGUUCCCGGUGCACGCGAAGGGUCCCAGCGGAGUGCCCUGCGGCGACAUCAAGAGGGAGAACGGGAUCCACAGGCUGGAAGCGAUGCUCUACGCCCUGGACCAGAUCAACAGCGAUCCCAACCUGCUGCCCAACGUGACGCUGGGAGCGCGGAUCCUGGACACUUGUUCCAGGGACACUUAUGCGCUCGAACAGUCGCUCACUUUCGUCCAGGCGCUCAUCCAGAAGGACACCUCCGAAGUGCGCUGCACCAACGGCGAGCCUCCGGUUUUCGUCAAGCCCGAGAAAGUAGUUGGAGUGAUUGGGGCUUCGGGGAGUUCGGUCUCCAUCAUGGUAGCCAACAUCCUGAGGCUUUUCCAGGUUGAUGGGCGCUACGGGAUAAGGAAAAGGAUGUGAAGCUCACUGAAGAGGCUUGGGUUGGGAGUGCUGGAGGAGUGUACAGGUGGGGAAAAUGUACCAGCGUGUAUGCCUACUGGGACCACGUUUUCCAGAACAGUUAAGCCCAGUAUCAACUGUGCUGUCCCACCUUCCUCGACAUCUGCAGAUAUUUAUUUGAAUUUUGUUGAAUUGUUCUCAUCAAUAGGGUGUCCAGAGAAGGUAACUACUUUGCCCACGUCCUAAACUGCCUAGCCCUGUGGUCUUGGGCUAAUCACUAACCUGCUUAGAUACAAUUUUCUUCUCUAUGAAAUAGAAACAAUAUUAUAUGCUUUGAAGGACUGCAGGAAGAUGAGCUGUAAUGUUUAUCAAGUGCCUAGUAAGUAGCCUGGCCCAUAAUAAAUACUUGGCUAAUUGUAGAUGUUAGUUUCAUUUUUAGUUUUAUUUCCAAACAUUGCUCUUUACUUUUGGAACUCUAAAAUUUGUUUUGAGAGUGGAGGACUUGUUGUUUGGAUUCCUCCAACACUCUCUGUAUAUUCUGUACUUCUAUCCCUACAUCAUUUAUAUUAAUGGAAUAAAUGAUCUUUGGUCUGGUGAUUCCAAGGUGACGAGGAGCUAAGUGGAGGUUCCGUAUACACCUGGAAGUAUGGAUUUUCAUGCCCAGUGCAAAUGUGGGAAAGGCAUUAUUCCCACAUUAUAAAUGGGGUAAAGACCUCCAACUUGAGGAGACUCUGGGUUGAGAGAUGAGAGAUCCUACAGGGUACCACAGGGGCUUUUAUGUUCUGUAGCAAGACUUUGCACCUUAUACACUUGUAGUUAGAAGUAAAGCAUACCACAUAACUAAUAUCUAGUAAGCAUUAGAGUUAGAAUAGCUACCAUUUAGUUAACGUUUCCUUUGUGUUAAGCAUUUUACAGUUACAACAUAUGGAUGGAUACUAUAUUGUAAUGGUUAAGAGUGUAGUUUUUUGAGCUAGAUAAUCCUGGAUUGGAAUCUCAUCUUUAUUACCUCUUUUUUUCCUGUUUUAUUGAGGUAUAAUUGACAAAAUUGUAAGAUAGUGAAAGAGUAUAUCAUGAUGAUUUGAUAUACAUAUGCGUUGCAAAAGGAUCCUUCCCAUCACGUUAAUUAAUACAUCUAACGGCUCAUGACACCUUUUUCCUUUUUUUCUUUUUUUGGUGAGAACACUUAAGUUCUAUUCUCUCAGAAAAUGUUAGUUAUACAAUACAGUAUUAUUGACUGUAGUAACUAUGUUAUACAGUAGAUCCUCAGACCUUAUUCAUCCUGCAGCUGAAAG